CAAUGCAAUAGGAGAUAUCCUACAUUGCACUUCCCAAUUUGUGUAUAUAUAUGCAUUUGUUUGGCUUAACUUGCAACUCAAAUCAUACACCAUUGAGUAGCAAACCUUUCCUUGUUUAACAAUUCUCUUGCAAUCUUCUAUUUGUUAGCACACUUGACUCUUCUUGUUCGUCCUCUAUCUACCUGCAUAGACCAUGGGUUUCCGUUUGCCUCGUGUAGUUCCUGCUAAGAAACUUCUUCAGCGCACCUUUUCUAACAAAGACAAAGCAGCUUCACUUGCAGCAGAUGUCCCAAAAGGCCAUCUUGUAGUCUAUGUUGGAGAGACUGAAAAGAAACGGUUUGUGGUUCCUUUAUCACUUCUGAACCAGCCUUCAUUCCAAGAGUUGUUAAUUCAGGUUGAGGAAGAAUUUGGAUUUGAACAUCCAAUGGGUGGUCUGACAAUUCCCUGCAGAGAAGAUGCCUUCAUAGAUCUCAUGUCUCAAUUGAAUGUGUUAUGAGAUUUGUCCACUGGCUUUUGAAAAAUUUUGUUCUCUUUUCCCUGUGGAGUUCAAAUUUGCUCCCGUGAUUGAGAAAUGUAUAGACAGAUAACAUUGCAAUAUUAUUUUGAUUUUUUUUUUUUUUGAGGGAGAAUAAUAAAUUCAGAAAUUUUUUCUCCUUGGAUUCUAUAUUAAUCACAGUCAGUAACUUUCUUGUUUAUCCUUCAUUUUUCAAUAGUAAGACCUUU